AUGGCGAGCAACAUGGGGGAGACUGUGUAUCUGGACGUUGUGUUACAAAAUUACAGAGGGGGCCCCCAGAUGACACUGAAAGCUUUAGUGGACUCAGGGUGCGCACAAACCCUAAUCAACGAAGAGACUUUCAAGGCUUUAAAAGUGAAAGCCAUUCGCUUGCCCCAAACCAUACAAUUUGCUCAGAUGGAUGUUCCAGAUGUGAGGGAGAUGGUGAGGGAAAAGGAAUCAGCAAGGACGGUUGUGGAAAAUAAUGAAGAUAAAUGCUUGGAAUGUGGAAAGUGCUUCUCUUGCAAUGGCAUACUAACGAUGCAUCAAAGGGUUCACACAGGAGAAAAACCAUAUAAAUGCCUGGAGUGUGGAAAGUACUUCUCUCAGAAUAGCAACUUAACUAAGCAUCAAAAGGUUCACACAGGGGAGAAGCCAUAUAACUGCCUGGAGUGUGGAAAGUGCUUCUCUUGCAAUAGUAGCCUAACUUCACAUCAAAAGGUUCACACAGGGGAGAAGCCAUAUGAAUGCCUGGAGUGUGGAAAGUGCUUCUCUUGCAAUGGCAACCUAACUUCACAUCAAAAGGUUCACACAGGGGAGAAACCAUAUGAAUGCUUGGAAUGUGGAAAGUGCUUCUCUUUCAAUAGCAGCCUAACUAUGCAUCAAAAGGUUCACUCAGGGGAGAAGCCAUAUAAAUGCCUGGAGUGUGGAAAGUGCUUCUCUUUCAAUGGCACCCUAACUACGCAUCAAAGGGUACACACAGGAGAAAAGCCAUAUAAAUGCCUGGAGUGUGGAAAGUGCUUCUCAUCCAAUGGCAGCCUAACUACGCAUCAAAGGGUUCACACAGGAGAAAAGCCAUAUAAAUGCUUGGAGUGUGGAAAGUGCUUCUCUUCCAGUAGCUGCAUGACUGUACAUAAAAAGAUUCACACAGGGGAGAAGCCAUAUAAAUGCCUGGAGUGUGGAAAGUGUUUCUCUUUGAGUGGUAACCUAACUAUACAUCAAAAGCUUCACGCAGGGGAGAAGCCAUAUAAAUGCCUGGAGUGUGGAAAGUGCUUCUCUUUGAAUGGUAACCUAACUAUACAUCAGAAGCUUCAUGCAGGGGAAAAACCAUAUAAAUGCCUGGAGUGUGGAAAGUGCUUCUCUUGCAGUAGCAGUCUAACUAAACAUCAAAGGGUUCAUACAGGAGAGAAGCUAUAUAAAUGCAUGGAGUGUGGAAAGUGCUUCUCUCAGAAUAGUAACCUAACUUCACAUCAAAAGGUUCACACAGGGGAGAAGCCAUAUAAAUGCCUGGAGUGUGGAAAGUGCUUUUCUUGGAAUGGUGACCUAACUAAACAUCAAAGGGUUCACACAGGAGAAAAGCCAUAUAAAUGCCUGGAGUGUGGAAAGUGCUUCUCUGAGAAUGGCAGCCUAACUAAACAUGAAAAGGUUCACACAGGGGAGAAGCCAUAUGAAUGCUUCGAAUGUGGAAAGCGCUUCUCUCAAAAUGGCCACCUUACUGAACAUCAAAAGGUUCACACAGGGGAGAAGCCAUAUAAAUGCCUGGAGUGUGGAAAGUGCUUCUCUGAGAAUGGCAGCCUAACUUCACAUCAAAAGGUUCACACAGGAGAAAAGCCAUAUAAAUGCUUGGAAUGUGGAAAGUGCUUCUCUCAAAGUUGCAACCUGACUCAACAUCAAAGGCGUCACACAGGGGAGAAGCCGUAUAAAUGCUUGGAGUGUGGAAAGUGCUUCUCUUGCAAUAGUACCCUAACUGCACAUCAAAAGGUUCACACCGGCGAGAAGCCAUAUAAAUGCUGGGAGUGUGGAAAGUACUUCUCUCAGAAUUGUGACCUAACUAGACAUCAAAAGGUUCACACAGGGGAGAAGCCAUAUAAAUGCCUGGAGUGUGGAAAGUGCUUCUCUUUGAAUGGUAACCUAACUACACAUCUGAGGGUUCACAGGGGAGAGGCUACAUAA